AUGUCAAAUCUUGAAGAACGGAGUAACAUCUCGAAAUCCCAAUUUAACCGUACUCGAUCAAUCUCCGUUCAACCGCAGAAUAUAAGAAUUACUUUUUUAUUGUCUAAAUUUAUGAGAAUGGUGACAAAUCAGGAAACGACGGAAGCUAAUUCUGGAACAGCGAAUGGAGAGAAUACGUUGAAUAAUGGAGAAAAUUCUAAAACUGAUGAGUCGAAUAAAAAUGAAGAAAAUGGAACUACCACUGAAACACCGGUUGAUCCUGAAGAAGAAGGAGAAGUAUCAUUGGAAGAAAUAGAACAAGAUCAAGCAAGAUUAGAUUUCUUGAUCGGAAAAGUUAAAAAAUUACUCACUGAUUCAGGUGAUUAUAUAAUGUCCGUUUUGUUAAGAAUUCUCAAAGAGCAUUUACGGAAAUACAGCUUCGGAUCCCGAUUUAUGGAAAAAGUUAAAGAAAUGGCGAAAAAAUAUCAAGGUAACGUUCUGGUAGCAAAACAAGAAUUAGAGAAAAGAUUGGGCAGGAAGUUUGGUAAAAAAUUUCGCAUGAUGCUUAUUAAAUUAUUGAGAACUCUAGUUGUAGGUGGAACCCUUCCAAAAUAA